AUGGCCCAGCAAAAAAAGAAACAAAAAAAGCUGGAACCCUAUGAAUUAGAAGUUAAUGAAUUGUUUACGCCCGAAGAAAUAGAACAAUUUGCCCUCUUUUUUGAAAAUUUCAAUUUAGCAACUAAAAAAGAACCAAAACGUAGGAUGAAUAUAAAGGAGUUGGGAUUGGUUUUGAGAACUUUAAAAUUGUAUCCAACGGAAGCUGAAUUGUUGGAUAUGGUGGAAGAAAUGGAUCCCAACCAAACAGGUUUUUUGGAAUUUUUUCCACUCUUAGUUUUAAUUCAUAGGAAAAUGCAAACUACCGAUGAAAACGAAAUUUAUGAGGCAUUUAAAAUAUUUGACGAAGAUCAAGACGGAAUAGUAGAUCUAGCAGAAUUACAUCAAGCUGUAACUAAAGUUGGUGAAAAGCUCACUUUCCUGGAAUGGAAAGAAUUAGAAAAACAAACUUUAAAAAUUGCAGGAGUCGAGGACCAAGAAGGUGUUUUUAAGUAUAGAGAAUUUAUUGACACAAUGAUGGCAGAACCAAAGAAGAAGAAGAAAGGAAAGAAGAAGAAAUAG